AUGAACAAAUCCAGAACCAGCCAUCAGAUCAAGUAUCUGGCGGUGUUGGCCUCCGUCGUCUUCAUCUGGCUGAUGUGGCAGCUUGACCUUCACCAAGAAGUUAUUGAGAAGACCCGCCAGUUUGGACGCCCUAGCGGCACGCCCUACUAUGGCCACACUUCCAGCAAUGUCCUAACCCCCGAGAAGGCCAGCGAUUACUGCGACCACUACCGCCUCAAGCCGGCCGAUUACGACCUGGUUCGCAAUCGCAAGGUGUUCGACCUGCUCCUUAUCAACACCGAGCUCGAAAUGCUCGAAGUCCGUAUGGGACAGAUGGCUCCCUACGUCGAUUACUUCGUUAUCCUCGAGUCCGAUACGACCUUUACCGACCAUCCCAAACCGCUCUACGUUCAGGAGAACUGGGACCUUUUUAAGCCGUGGCAUGAUAAGAUGAUUGUGCGGACCAUAGACCUCGAGGAGCUCAAGGCUGGCGGGACGUGGGACCGCGAGGCCAAGAGCCGCAAUGCCAUGUAUGAGCAAGUGUUUCCUACGCUAGUAGACGAGCAAGCUGCUGCUACUGAUGACGUCUUGAUUGUAUCCGACGUUGAUGAGAUCCCUAAGCCUGAGAUCCUCCGCGCAUUGAGGAAUUGCAACAUCCCGCCACGCGUCACUAUUCACUCCAGGAUCUACUACUACUCGUACCAAUGGCUCGGCAAUAUCGAUUGGGCGCAUCCACAGGCCACCGUCUACCGAGGUUCUGAUACCGUCCUGCCCAACGACCUCCGCUCUAGCGCCAACGACCAUCACUUUGCCCACGGCGGCUGGCACUGCAGCUACUGUUUCAGUACGGUCGAGGAGAUGGCGCAGAAGAUCACCUCGUUCUCGCACACUGAGAUGGACAGACCCGAGUUUAAGGAUCCGGACUGGGUGGUUGAUGUCGCCCGGCGUGGGCUAGACAUCUUCGCCAGAGACGGCUCCAACUUCGACCGCAUGGAAAAUAACCGCGACGUACCGGAGUAUGUCAGGGACAAUGCGGGCAGGUUCAAGUUUCUGCUCGAUCGCGACCCGCCCGAUGGGAACUUUAGGGAUUAUAGACCCAAGUCAAAGUCAGCAUAG